AUGGCUGAAGUCGUGUCAGUUAUUGUGGAAAAACUAGGUUCCGGAGCAUACAAACAAAUCUUGUUUGCAAAGGAUCUGGAUUCCCACAUCAAAAGGCUCCAGGAGCUUAAGACUACCAUUGAAGCUACAUUUCUUGAUGCUGCUUCCUUGGAGUCUUGGAGUAAUUCGCAACGAGACGUGCUUGACAAGCUCAAUCAUGCACUGGCUGAGUUAGAUGAUUUCUUAGAUGAAAAAACAGCUAGAGCCAAACAGCAAGAAAUUAUUUACGGAAACAAGUUCGUCAAAGCAGUACGUUCAUUCUUUUCUCAAUCAAAUCCUCUUGUUACUCCCUUGAGAGAUGCUAAGAAACUCAAGGGUAUCAUCAAGAAGUUUGAACGCAUUGCAAGAGAUCAUGCUCAGUUUGGUGCCAUAGUUAGCAUACCGCCUGUAACCCAAGCACGGGCACUAAGCACUGAUGCAACAUGGUCUCAGGUUAUCACUGAUGUGGUCAUCGGAAGGGAUGGAGAUAGGGACAGCAUAGUCAGCAUACUCUCUGAUGACUCAGACUCGCUUGUUUCAGAGACUCUCUCUGUUGCCUCCAUUGUUGGCAUUGGAGGAGUGGGAAAAACUACAUUGGCUCAGUAUGUUUACCAUGAUGAAAGACUGAAAGGUUGUUUUGAUGUUCAGUUUUGGGUUUCUACAAAUCAAAACUUCGAUGUCAAAGAGGUGGUGGAGAAGAUAUUAGAGUCUAGUUCUGACGAAAUGCCUUUCAGUCGCAAGGUAGAUAGGCUCUACAAUCAGUUCCUUACAGUAAUCGGCGGGAAGAAGUAUCUGCUUGUUUUGGACAACAAUGUGAGCAAGAUGGUUUGA